CGUGGCCUGAUGUCAUGGCGGUCAUCACGGAAGGUAAUCGCCGCAUGGAUGCCUCCGCCCUCAGGGAGUACUUCCAGCCUCUGGAGAACUGGCUGCGGAAGGACAACAAGAAGCAUGGUGCUGCCGUAGGAUGGAAACUUGGUCACGAUGGAAAGGCGGAACUCUAUCAUCCCUUGAAGAAAAUAGCAGCCAACUCGCCAACACUGGGAGCAUUGUAG